GUAAACAGUGACCAAUAACAAGUUCCCCGUUAACGUUUUUAUUGUUAUUUAGAUGUUUCUUAAACACUGGUACUCAAAAUGAUUAAUUUAAUUGCACAGUAGCUUACUUAGUGUUUCAUUCGCUUUAGAGACGACUCGAUAGGUGUUCUGGAAACGCUAGUUAGCUGCUAACUGUUUGGUUUUUCACACUCAAAUAGCCUCCAUCAUGGAGGUGCUAGCGAAUACAGCCGUGGCAGAGAUCUGUAAACUCGUAGACGACGACUAUGCAGUGUUUCGUUUGGAAAUAACUCAAAGACGGGAAGAGAACGGGACAUUGCGCAGGAAACUACAGCUACUGGAACUGAAGGUGUCACGGGAGCACGUCUUUGCCAGACGUCACAGUAGUGUCAAGAUCGUCGACCGAUGCAGAGGAAUGGCAAAAGCUAUCAUGCGCAGACACACUAUACAUCUCACUGGAGGCCACGGGAGCUUUGUGAAGCCAGUGGGACAGAAUGCUUGGAGAGAUGACCAAACAGUCACUGUUGGUGAGGAGAGUGGAACCUCAACCCAGCACGUUAUCAUGAUAGAGUCUGCAGAGGCUGCAGGUCCUGGAGGAUCAUCUCUGGUGAAGCAGGAGAGGUCUGAAGGAGAGGAAGACAUAUGGCAUAGCAGAGACAUCCAGACUGGAGUAGCAGCUGGAACGCCCCCUGUAGCCACGGAUGACCCCACCAUUGCCCCAGCGACGCCCUGGACCCGAAGCAGUGGAACGCUGAACGCCGUCCUCAAGUCAGAGACGGACAUCAAGACUUUAAUUGUAACACAAAGGCUCUUGCACACAGGAUCAGACCCAGAGAGACUGGGGCCACUGGGUUGUCCUACUGCUCCCGGCUCAGAGUAUUUACCGGUAUUUCAACAUAGCCAAAGGAUGGUUCAUUCCGAUGGAGAUGGUGACAUUAGCCACUGGCGGUGAUGAUCUGUCUUGUUCUUAUGCUACAGAGAUGGCCCCUGGCAACAUGCCCUUGGGUUUAGAGACACCAACUGAUCUGUCUAGAGGGAAAUGGAACCGGUACAGUAAUAGUGUAUACUCUGAAGGGUGCCUAGAUAAGAAAGGGGAGGGUCUGGUCAUAGAUGAAGUGACUGUGAAAGUGGAGGGAGAUGUUUCUCCCACAUGGAAUUCAGAUAAUCACCUGGGAGAUGGACACUCACAAGGCAGAGAUUUCUUAAAUUACAGGGAAAGGUUAGAGACAAAUCCAGAUGCCUCGACCCACUCCCCUUUACACGGAUUCAGGGAUUGCGUCCGAGUGUCACAUGCACUUUUCCCAGGCUGGUGACCUGAAGAGGCACCAGAGGAUCCACUCAGGGGAUAAACCCUACAGCUGUACCCAGUGUGAGAAGAGGUUCUCCCGCCAGGACCACCUGUUCGCCUGUACGGACUGCGGGAAAAGGUUCUCAGAGAGGAGCUACCUCCGUAUACACCAGCAGAAAAACCAUUCCACUCUAUAACAUAGAAAGUAACCAUUCCACUCGAUGGCUUCUGACAUUUUAAAUCAAACCCUGCAUUGAAUACAAAGAUUAAUUUUCA